AUAGGGCUUUCUGAACCUAGGGACCAUAGCCCCAUCAGUCCUCUGCACGACAGUGCCAUCUGGUGGAAUGACAGAGAAGGGCAAACGGACAGUGGAGAUUCGCUCAGGGGACAGCUUAAGGCAAUGGAUGACCACGUGUACAGACUUCAAGACAUGCUAAAAUGUGAACGGACCAAAUGCAGUCGGCUGCAGCUACGAUGUAACCAGCAGGAGGCAGAGUUGAGGCGCAGAGAGCAGAACAUGAACAAGAUGAAGGAGAGGCUGUCACUCUUCACUGACAGACACAAAGACAAAGCCUCCACAAUUAAAAUCUUGAACAUUCUACCAAGUGUUAGGGGGAAACGAGAACAGCCCUUGGCAAAUAGAAAACAAGAGGAAGGGGCAGUUCGUCUGAUGCUAGAGCGCAGAGAAGCAGAGCUCAGGGAGGCUAUGAAGCUGCGCCACAGUCUCACCUCUCUGCUACACGCCCUCAGAUGUGACAUGGAGCAGACACUGUCUGUACUUGAAGGCUGUAAAGAUGAGACUCAUUAUGUGGACAAAAGGCUGGACCAGGCAGAGCAAGCACUUGGGGGCCAUGUGACAGGAGGUGUAGUGCACAGCUGGAGACAAGUGCAAAAAAAACUGGGCUCAUUCAUAUGUGAAGGCACAACUGAGUUUGGUACAGAUCAUGAUAAGAUCAUGGCACAGCUAGAAAUUGAACUGAAAGAAAGUCAACGACUUGUUCAAAUGCAACAGCAACUUCUGCAGGGUAGCAUUGAAUCACCUGUCCCAUCAGAACUGGGUGAUUGCUAUUUUAUAGAAGAGUGGGACCGUCUCCAGGAGUGCUGGACUGAGUUCAAAGUCCAGAGGAGGACUUUUGAAAAGGAGAGACAGGCUUUUACUGAUGCUGCUAUCCGUCUGAGCCACGAGCGCCGUGAUUUUGAGCAGGAGAAAGCCUUACUUCUGAAACAGCAAUUCCUAUGUGAUUCUCCUGUUUUUGAGAAAGUGACACAGUCCAGCAACAGGAGAGAGAGUAUUGGCCUUAACUUGCCUGGGUUUAAGCCUCUCAAUACACCUGGAUGUCACAUGGCUUUCACCCCAACAACAGUGGCCCAGAGGGGGGAUGUUACAGGGUAUCCCAGAAUGAUGAGGGUUCAGACUCCCAGCACCCCUGAGCUUUACUCUGCACUCAACCUAUCAUAUAACCAGUGUGGGGGUGCUGAAGAUGAUACAUGGGACACUAGGACCAGCCCAGUGGUCGUGCAAUUAAACUGGUCAUUUUAACAAAUUGAUUGCAAGUAGUUAUUUAAGUUAUUUGUAUGCAACUGAUCUUCAACAUUUUAAUAAAGAAUUUAUUGUUCC